CUCAUCAAAAGCGUAAAUCUCUGUUCUUACUUUUUCAGGUUUCAACAGAAGAAAACAAAAACCAGGAAGCUUGGGGCCCCUCUUGGCUCUUUAGUUCGUCUCUGUGUCCGUCUGUGUGGGUCAUGGGCGAAGAGUCAAAGAUGGAGUCACACGAAGGAGGAACCCUUACCAUCUUCGAGCAAGUGCGAGUCAACGGAAAGAUAACGCCGGUGGCGCUCUCCUGUGACGGAAAGCUUCGGUGGACGGAGAACAUUGAACGCUGCUUGGACCUAGAGAAGGAGGUUUUGAGUUUUUCCACGCGUGGUUCUAAGAUCACUAUCCGUGCUUCUGUCGUGGAUUGGUCUGAACUUCAUUGGCUUCGGACUAAAGGUCGUAGGAGGAAGGAUAUCGUCUUGGAGCCUUUGUCAGAGGAGUCGCGACGGCUAUGGUGCCAGAAGCUUCAGGAAUUUUUGGAUUCCCUCGAUCGACCAAAGAGGCUAUUCAUUAUUGUGAACCCUUUUGGUGGAAAGAGAUCUGCCAAAGAAAUUUUCCAAGAAGCUAAACCACUUCUAAUUGAUGCUAAUAUUGAAUAUACAGUUCAAGAAAGUCAGUAUCAGUUUCAUGCAAAAGAAAUGGCUCAAACAUUGGAUCUCUCCAAGUAUGAUGGGAUUGUAUGUGUUAGUGGAGAUGGUAUCUUAGUGGAGGUAGUCAAUGGGUUGCUUCAACGAGUGGAUUGGGAAGUUGCAAUAAAAAUGCCCCUUGGAAUUAUUCCAGCUGGAAGUGGAAAUGGCAUGGUAAAAUCAGUUCUGGAUUCAGUUGGUGAUCCCUGUUCAGUGACUAAUGCUGUUCUUACAGUUAUUCGAGGUCAUAGGAUAUCACUGGAUGUUGCUACAAUUUUGCAAGGGGAGACCAAAUUUUUUAGUGUCCUUAUGCUUGCAUGGGGUCUGGUGGCAGAUAUCGAUAUAGAGUCUGAGAAAUUCAGAUGGAUGGGGAGUUCUCGUAUGGACUUAUAUGCUCUUCUGCGAAUAUUGCGCUUGCGGAAAUAUAAUGGACGUAUUUCCUUUGUGCCAGCACCUGGGUUUGAAGCUUAUGGGAUGCCAUGCGACCAAAGUGGACGCAGCAAAUUUGAUUUAAGCACUCAAACCAAAGAGGAGGUUAAGGUUCAGCAGCAUGGUUAUCAGGGACCUAAGAUUUCUUUGGAUGAUUUAGAGUGGAGGACUAUCGAUGGUCCCUUUAUUUCAGUUUGGCUUCAUAAUGUACCUUGGGGGAGUGAGGAUACAAUGGCAGCACCUGAUGCCAAGUUCGCAGAUGGUUACUUGGACUUGAUUGUUAUAAGGGAUUGCCCAAAGACAUCCUUGCUCUCACUGAUGACAGAAGUGAAUGCCGGAAGCCAUGUCAAAUCGCCACAUGUCUUGUAUUUGAAGGUGAAAGCAUUAGUACUAGAACCAGGCCAGCGGUCAGAUGAGCCAACGAAAGGGGGUAUCAUAGAUACAGAUGGGGAAGUCCUAGCAAGAGGGAAAGGAACAUACAAAUAUGAGCAGGGAGGCUUGAUGGCCUAUGGUCCAAUGCAAAUCACAGUACAACAAGGUUUAGCUACUUUGUAUGCUCCUAGAUGAUAAUGGAUGUUGACUUUGUUCAAGCACAAUUUCGUGGAUUUUGGAGCAUUUUUAUCUUGCAUAGAUACAUUGAUGCAAUGAAUGAGAAGAGAGAACAUAUAUGUAUGAUUCUGAGAGAGCAAAAAAGGUAUUGAUUUGUUAUGGUGAUGAAUGAUUUAACAGAAUAUGUGGCCUAUGUAUAGUGGACUGGUGGAAUUGGAUUUGUAUGGUUUACCCCUGUUGGGUUAAAGCUUUCUUUAGUUGAAUUGUAGUUGCUACAGGGACAGUAAUUGACUAUUGGAUGGAAUGAAGCGAGUAGUACUGGAUUUCACCUUGAAUCAGGUUAUGGAUUUAUUAUUGGGUUUAGUAUUUGUAGUCUCAUCAUCA